UAUUGGAAUAAGAAGUCGCCGAGAUUGAAUAUCCACGAAAGUUAACAGUAGGGAACAUGUACUCUUGAUUUACUGAUACUUUAUGGAUAGGAAAGAGGAAUCAGAAAAAGAGUUUUCUAUAUGUUGCAACAUCUAUAGGUAUUUUGUCGGUAAAAUAGCCUAGUGUUACUUCGUUAAUGCAGUCAUUUUUUUAUCCUAUGUUGUUGAACUUUAUACUUGAAUCAUUUUAGCGUUUAAUAUUUACAAAAGAUAAUUGCGAUGUCUGAAUAAUCUACGUUUCAUUUCAACAAUGGAAUAAAUAUUUUUUCCUUACAAUUGAAACUCAAAAGUUGUGUGUAAAAAUGUCCGCGGACAUUAGUUUGUUUGAUUUGGUGAACCUGUCAAUCGGAACACCUGAGGUUGGCGCGGUCAACUUCAAUGCUUUGCAUACGCUCCUCCACGCCAUCCUUGGACACCUGAAAAUCCAAAAUGUGACAACGGGCUGGAGAGAGGAGGAUACUACACCACAGGAAUCCCAUGAUGUGCCUCUGACCAAGUCUUCAAAUCCGUACCGUCAUGUGGAGCACAAACUGCGCCAGAUAGAGAGUCAGUUGGCCGCGUUGGAAAAGCUUCCAACAGGCAUGGAUUUGUUGAGCCGCACCGCCUCGACCACAACACCGGUCAACGACAUGUGGCAACUAAUGCAGCUCCGAUGCAAGUCUCAGGCCAAUGAGGAUGGCGUGUCCAAGGCCAUGGGGCUGAUCCAGGAUCUGCUGAAGGAGAUCCAGGACCUGAAGGAGUCCCGAGACAGUCUGAAGAAAGAGGUCAAGAGCCUCGAGAACCAACUGGACCAGCUGAACAUGACCGAACUGGUGGACAGGAUCGACGCAGUGGAACAGUGCUGCCACCGUGUGGAGGACCUGGACACUGCCACCAAACGGCUGCAGAGCAGAAUUGGGCAGUACCCUGACCCGGAAAACCUCAGCCAGUGUGUGACCUGGGAAAUCAUGCAGACUGCCCUGGUCAGCGAGCGACAGAAGCUGCAGAAGGAAAUCGGCGAGUCGGACCCCACCGCCGGUCCCACUUCUGGAGUCGUUUCCAACGCCCCCCACUUCAGUGCGUCUGCAGACGCCAACGCUGGAGCAUCUCCCGUCGUGCCUGGCCCUGGCGCUGCCGGUCAGCGUGCGGGGUCCCUUCCCCAACAGUCUCUCUCUGACGGGGCUUUGACCUCGGGUGGGAAACCCCUGUCUCGCGUGUCCAGUGGGGCCGAGCGCUACCCGGAGACAGUGGAGGCGCUGAGGGAAGUGGGCCGGCUCAGGGAGAGACACGACAUGCUGAAGGUUAGGGUAGAUGAGCUGGAAGCAAGCAAAGCUGACCGGACACAGCUCCAGCACCUCCGGGAGAACCUCGCUGACAUGGGUGACAGAGAUAUGCCUGAAAAUCUGACGGCUCAACUGCAUCAUCUGAGAGGUCUGGUCGACAGCCUGAUGGGUGACAGAGUCAAGCUGCGAGACCUGGAGAAGCUGAUUUUGAACGUAGGGACAGGUCAGGGAGCAGGGAAGGGAUCAGAGGUCAGAGGGUCAGACAGUGAGGCCCAGCUGGACCAACACUCCCCAGACUCUCCCAAGCAAGGACAGUUCAGACUGCAGAUAGCCUGCCUCAGGAACUCACUUCGGCAGGUGGAGGAGGAAAUAGUCCUUCUGAGGACAGAGAACAUCUCAGCCAAACAUGAGCAGAAGAUCAAGACAGACAAACAGCUGCAGGAUCAGAGCUCAGAGCUGAUGAGCGACGUGCAGGGAGCCGUCCUCCAGCUGCAGGCCGAGUGCGAGAAGCUCCACGGGACAGCCAACCACCUGAUGGAGGAGCACAGCCAGAAACAGACGGACAUCGACCAUCUGUAUAAAUCCAUGGAAAAACUGGACGAGAAGAAAGCUGACAGAGAGCUUGUGGAAAUGGAGAUUGAGAUUAAAGCUGACAAGCGAGCCCUGGAAACCAAGGUGAGCCGCAUGCAGUUUGACACCGCGACCGAGCAGCUCAACAGCAUGUUCCAGGAGCUCCUCGGCAAGAUCAUCGACCAGGAGCAGGACUGGCACAAAGUCAUCGAGAAGAUCUCCACGGAGAUGGAGUGCAAGCUGAACCGGAUUGAGCUGGAUCCUUUGAAGAACCAGCUGGAGGGCCGAUGGAAUAACAUCCGUAAGCAGCUGCAAGCCCAGCCUGCCCCCAAGGAAGACGACGCGGCAGGCAUCAGGAUGCAACUAGUGAAAAGAUUCAAAUGCAUCUCCUGCGACCGCCCAGUCGAUAUGCUCACCCCCGGACCACACUUACUCACCGUGCCCUCCGCCCCCGGCCUGCCCUCUCACAAGUCCCUCCGGCCAUACACCACCUAUGAGCUGGAGCAGGUUCGCCAGCACUGCCGAAGCGAGCGGAUCCCGGAGAUGGUGGAUUACAGUUACCUGGCCCUGUCCCGCAGCUGUGGAGGAAGCCACACCAUGACCUACCCCACCCGCCGCUACGCCCGCCUGCAGCACAUCAGCCACUACAGUCAGGCCGAGGAAGACCACAUCGCCCCCUCCACGCUGAAACAUGUUCAGCCGGAAGAGGUAGGCAUCCUGGGAUUUGACGGACACAUCUAUAAGGGCCGCCUGAACACUAGAUCGGUCAAGACUGUGGAAGCCAGACUACCCAACGUCUCAUCAAAAGACGCCCUGUACAAAAAUAAAGAGAAGGUCAUGCGCUCCCAGUCCCAGAAGUCUGGCUGUUUCGAGCCCGGCCGCGACUCCCCAAUGCGCCCCCAGAGUGCCAAGACUCAGCGCAGCCGCACAGCCUCAGGCAGCUCUGUGCGGGACCGGCCUGUGUCCUCUCUGGGCUGCCUGUCCCAAGCUACAUUGCCCCGUAGCUCAUCGCAUGCUGACACCCCCGGCGAGCUCCAGCAAAGGAAGGUGGCCCCGGAGCUUCACGUAGACCUGAGCCAGUCAGAGGAAGAACCGGUCACCAACCUGUAGGGGGCGUGGUGGGCCCAACUCAUCAUUUUGUCUACCUUAUUUUAAUAAAUGGUUUACAGCAGCUGGAGUACAGUAUCCUGGUCUCCAUUUUGUAGUGGAACAGAGAGACUGGAGAAUCAGGUCUGGUAUUAGUAAGGC